AUGGCGGCAGCGUUGCCCAGGACCCUGGGGGAGCUCCAGCUCUACAGGAUCCUCCAGAGGGCAAACCUGCUGUCCUACUACGAGGCCUUCAUCCAGCAGGGCGGCGACGACGUGCAGCAGCUGUGUGAGGCGGCCGAGGAGGAGUUCCUGGAGAUCAUGGCCCUGGUGGGCAUGGCCAGCAAGCCCUUGCAUGUAAGGAGGCUCCAGAAGGCCCUGCGAGACUGGGUCACCAACCCGGCCCUGUUCAACCAGCCCCUGGCCUCUCUCCCUGUCUGCAGCAUCCCUGUCUACAAGCUAGAAGCUAACGGUAAUGCUAACGCUAGCACCCACAUCAAAGUGCCCAAGCUUCUGGCGGCGGCAUGUGUGGGGGAGCCCAGGAGAGGCGAGGCGUCGGCAUCAGGGGUGGGGGGCGAGGGAGGAGGGGGUUCGGCCUCAGGGUCUCCACUGCAGAGGGGCAGCGAGCCCCGCUUCUGGGCCUCCUUGUACUCCCACACCGGGGGAGGGGGACCGGAGAGCGAGCACAGCCUGUCCCCAGUGGAGUUGACCCUGGGUCUGGGUUCGCCCUCGCCCUCGUCCCCCCGCGGCGAGGAGGUGCUAGAUGCCGCAGCGUUGAGGUCAGUGGUGGAGUGUGUGGAGCGGCUGGCCCAGGCGCUGCCCCGGAGCGACCCGGCCGACGUGAAGGAGGGGCUGAGGGGCAACAAGAAGCUGGCCAAGAUGAUCUGCCACAUCCUGGACAUGGACGAGGACGACCCGAGGAGGGCGGAGGAGAUACGCAAGUACAGCGCCAUCUACGGACGCUUUGACUCCAAGAGGAAGGACGGCAAACACCUUACGCUGCACGAGGUAGAGGGGGAAAGAGAGUGUGUGUGUUUGUGUCUAUCAUUGUGCAAAGAGUAGAACAUUUUCAGAUGUUUGGGAACUUGUUCGUUGGUAUUCUGCUUUAGAUACUUUUGACCACAUGCUUUCAAGCUAUUGAGAAAACCUGCUUUAUAACUGCAUAGAACAUCUCUCUCUAUCUCACCUCCACUCUCUUCUUCUCUCCCUCCUCUCCUCUUCCUUCUCCCUCUCUUCCCCUCUUCUCCUCCCCCUCUCUAACCCCCUCUACCUCUUCUCCUUCUUCCAUCUCUCUAUCUCUAUCUCUCUAUCUCUGUGUCUAGCUGACAGUGAACGAGGCAGCAGCUCAGUUGUGUAUGAAGGAGGUGUCCCUGCUGACCAGGAGAGAUGAGCUGUUUGGUCUGGCUAGACAGGUCUCCCGGGAGGUCACCUACAAAUACACCUACAGGACCAGCAAGUGAGAACAGCUACCACACACACACACACACACACACACACACACACACACACACACACACACACGCGCACACACACACACACAUUCAUCUUGAGGAUGAAUGGUAAUACUUUCAUGUGUCUGGGUGAAAGCCUUCUCAUGAGUGGUUGAUGAACAAAGUUGAAGUAAAAAAUGUCACCCGAUUUUUUGAGUAUCAGAUAUGGUGCUCCACCCUCGUAGUUGCCAGCCAAGAAGUGUGUUUGUGCGUGUUUUUGCAUGUGUGUUUGCGAACAUAUUUCUGUGUGUGUGUAUGUGCUUGCCACUUCCCUCUCACUCCUUCUAGAUGACAGAGGUCUAAUCUGACAUGCAGGUGCUUCCUGGCUGGCAACCACAAAGAUGGAAAAUUCCACCCAGCGCCGCGUGUCUCUCUCACUUGUUCUUGUCAUUAUGACGUUGCAUGUUGGUUGUUGCCUUUGUGAAGUAGGCCAAGCCUAAGAAAUGGGCAUGUUUGUAUAUUGCAAUCUGUGUACUGCUUUAAAAUAUAAGUUGUUGUCCUAAAGAACUUUGUUUGAAGUGGGUUUCAUUCAAGCUUAGUAUGUUUUUAAGAGACAGCAAAUGUUGAUACAUGAUCAGUUGCGCCAUUGGUGUUGCACCAGAGGUUAAAGGGAAAUGAAUAAACAUUUGACUAUGUUUUACAGGAGUUUCCAUAUUUACAAAAUCUUCUUGAGGCAUUACAGAUCAAGAUACUGUUAUCAUGUACACUAUUAGAAGGGUUAUGCUCUUUAAAAUGUUCAUCUUGUAAACUCUCUCUGUCUGUCUGUCUGUCUGUCUGUCUGUCUGUCUGUCUGUCUGUCUGUCUGUCUCUCUCUCUCUCUCUCUCUCCUCUUGCUCUCGCUCUCUCUGUCUCGUUCUCUCUCUCUCUUCAUCUUGUAAACUCUGUCUGUCUGUCUGUCUGUCUGUCUGUCUGUCUGUCUGUCUGUCUGUCUGUCUGUCUGUCUGUCUGUCUGUCUGUCUGUCCUGUCUGUCCUGUCUGUCUGUCUGUCUGUCUGUCUGGUCUCUGCUGUCUCUCUCAGCUCUCUCUCUCUCUCUCUCUCUCUCUCUCUCUCAUCUCUCUCUCUCUCUCUCUCUCUCUCUCUCUCCUCUCUCUCUCUCUCUCUCCUCUCUCUCUCUCUCUCCUCUCUCUCUCUCUCUCUCUCUCUCUCUCUCUCUCUCUCUCUCUCUCUCUCUUUCUCUUCUGUAGGUCCCGAUGUGGUGAUAGAGAUGAGAUUUCUCCCAAGAGGAUUAAAACAGAGGUGAGCUCAUCUCUUUCGUCUCACACCACAUGAUCCAACAACCACGGAGCUUUCCACAGAGUUUGACUUUAUAUAAGUUAAAGCUCACUCCUAUAUCCCCAGUUUCCUAACACCUUGUGUGCUGUUAGAUUAGAAAAGGUAAAUCCCUUAACAAUCCCGGAUUCCCACAGACAGAUAGUGCAUGGUUCUGGAUGGGUGUGUCCAGCUCCUUUUGUUUGGAUAGCUGCCUGUCAGCCAGCUUGGCCGUGUGGAUGGGGCUCGGCGGACAGGGGGUGUGUCCCUCAAGACUACUGGGUGUCAUAAUGUAGGGGAAAGAUCAAAGUUCACCGGAAUAAAAACUUCCUCUGUCGAAUCAGGUCACCUCCUCCUCCGCGCCUUACAUAACACCCUAAGGACCCACAGUGAGAGAUUGACUGACACACCUCAUUGCAUCCACUCCUUGUCUUUUGAAGUGCGUUGGAUACAGCGUAGUAGAGGGCUUUGUCUGUCAGUGUGUCAAUGCUUCUCUAGUUCCAUUCCUCAUAGUGUAGUGCAGGUGUUGAGUAAAGAGUUCCCUCAGAAACUCAGCUGAGUUGUUUUGAGUUGUUAAGUAAAGAGUGUCUUUGUGUAGGGAGCUGUUGUGAGCUGAGCUUAUGGCAGCUGUCCAUUCAUCUCUCUCCAGUGGUAUGUUUGAUGGCAGUCCAAACCUCUGAUGUGAGUGAGCUUCCCCUACACCUCCACAGACCAGGGGUGGGCCAGGGUGGGACUAGCUAGCUAGCAGGCCCACUCCCCCCAUCACCUUCCCCCUGUUUCACAGUCCUCCGUGGGAGUCACAUAGCAGACCUUGGUAGAACAUAUACAUUUGUUUGAAUUAAUGAAUUUGUUGAAGUGAAUUAUUUUCAUAUAAAAUAUAUUUUCUGAAAUGUAUUGGAGGCUACUGAAAAUACUUGCUACAAUUUAAUUUGAUCACUCUUUUGUGCUGCAAAUGUUCCUGCACAGCAGGAAAUGCAAACUUGUAGUGUAUUCAAGGUUAGAAAGGCUUCUAAAGUUUGUAAUUUCCACUUUAAAAUGUCAGACUUGAUUUGCCCUAAUGAAAAACGUAUCAAUUAAUUAUAAUCCACAUUAUAAUUCAACAUUUCCUGUUGAUGCAGGAUUAUUUUCCUGCUGUAGAAAGGCUCAAAUUAAGAUCCUAUAUCUGUACAUACUUGACACACCGCUGUCCGUUUUUCAAAGAUUUUCAGUUUCUGGCACUUUUCUCUUACUAAGGGCGAAUUAUUCCCACAACCUGGUUGUUUUCUUUUAACUAACACACACACACACACACACACACACACACACACACACACACACACACACACACACACACACACACGUACACACACACACACUACCGCCACCCUCCCAUUAAGAGCCAACCACACGCCCACAUGGACAACACAAAAGCCCAAAUGAGCUUUUACAUGAUAUCACCGCAUGGGCGUGCUCGGAACCACCCACCCCCAUGCACUUGCGCAGUUGGGUUGUCCGCACGCACACACAGUACGCAUAUGCUCUUUGUCUCUCUCUCUCUGUCUCUCCCCCUCUCUCACAUAGACACAGUCUGACUCCACGCCUUCUGUGGGUGCUGUGAAGGCGUGAUAAAUCAUAAGGUGUGGCGGUAGGGUGAGCUCAGAUUUACGUCACCAGCAGACAUGCGUUAACCUUCCCCCUACAUCCUUCACUAACCCUGUACGGAGAGGAAGGACUUCCCUUUCAACCCAACCUGGCAACCCACUGUCUCCUUAUUCUGACCUCAAUUUCAACUUCAGAAUCCCACAAACAGAUCUGAUGGUAGACAUGCUGAAAAUAAAACAGGUAUUCUUCACAGGAGAUAAGUGUGACAAGCAUCCUCUGGAGAGACUGGGUGACAUUAUUUCAGCUAGAUGGCAUCAUGAGUAGAUUAGAGUAUAAAAGGAGAGAUAAUCAGAAUGGGACCAUGGUCUGAUAGUGGCAUUCCUCACUGUCUCUGUCUCUGUCUCUGUCUCUGUCUCUGUCUCUCUCUGUCUCUGUCAGGAGGGCUUCUUUGACCUACAGGAGGCCCUGCAGGCCAUCCACAUGAGACAAGAGACCCUGAGGGAGCAGCUGGCCACAGCCAAGUCUAAAGGAGAGGAGACCACAGGACGCAGCAUCCAGGUGACUACACUACCCCUCACUGACUGAAUGUCUGAGGGACAGAUGGACAGACUGACGGACAAACAGACAUAAAGACUGGCUGGCUAGCUAAUGGCUUGCUGUCUGACUGCCUGUCUGUCUGAUUGACUGACUGACUCGCUGGCUGACAUUCAGUCUGCGGGUGGGUGCAUAGGCUGGGUAGUACAAAUGAGAAGAAAUUAAGUGAGAAAGCGAAGAUUCACCACUGUAUAUAAUCAGCAGAGUUAUUGACAAGCUCUUUUGUUUUAUAAUACAGUUUGUAUCCUCUCGCCAUUUCUCAUUUCUAAUUGAGGAAAAACAGAAUCAUUAAAGCAGUAGCACGUCGGUGCCUUCUUCCCCGUCUGUUACGACAUCAUCACCAUGCUUAAAAUACCCGCCUAAUUAUCCCUCUUCAAAUUGCAGGCUUCUUUUCUGUAUUCUUUGGAGAGACAGACGAGACAGGAAAGUGUAGAUGCAGGAAAUGGCUGACAGAUACGCGUAAACAACGAGUAUCUAGACUAGAGAAGGGACUUGAGAUUGUGAUGCCCUUUUAGAUGGUCUGUGAUAGAACUUCAGGCUCAGUUCUUUGUGUGUUAUGUGUUUUCUAAUGUGUGUGGAUGUGUGUGAAAAAAUCGUACGAACUUCAUUUGUAUUGUGCGUAAUAUCUUUAACUCUGAUUAUGUGCAUCUGUGUGUGUGUUAUAGCUGCAGCUGGAGCAUCUGCUGGCCAGGCAGAUGGAGAUCCUCCACGAGGCCAAGGCCCAGGACAGACUUCAGACCUUGGAGUGGAGGGUCCCUAUGGGGGGCUUCAAAUUCAGACACAGCACAGACCCAGAGCACCGCCACCAUGCCAACGGAGGCUCCACUGACAACACCGGACUACAACCAGGUCAGACGUUAGACAUUUAUGUUGGGAAGUGUAUAUUACACCUGCAGAACGAAAACAUAAGGUUAGCCAUAGGGGUCGGAAUUACACUGAACAAAAAUAUAAACGCAACAUGUAAAGUGUUGGUUUCAUGCGCUGAAAUAAAAGACCCCAGAAAUUUUCCAUAUACACAAAAAGCUUAUUUCUCUCAAAUGUUGGGCACCAAUUUGUUUACAUCCUUGUUAGUGAACAUUUAUCCUUUGCCAAAAUAAUCCAUCCAUCUGACAGGUAUGGCAUAUCAAGGAGCUGAUUAAACAGCAUGAUCAUUACACAGGUGCACCUUGUGCUGGGGACAAUAAAAAGCCACUCUAAAAUGUGCAGUUUUGUCACAGAUGUCUCAAGUUUUGAGGGAGCGUGCAAUUGGCAUGCUGACUGCAGGAAUGUCCACCAGAGCUGGAUUGACAGUUCGUUUCAGCCCAGGACCUCCACACCCGGCCUCUUCACCUGCGGGAUCUUCUGAGACCAGCCACCCGGACAGCUGAUGAAACUGUGGGUUUGCACAACCAAAUAAUUUCUGCACAAACUGUCAGAACUGUCUCAGGGAAGCUCAUCUGCAUGCUCGUCGUCCUCACCAGGGUCUUGACCUGACAGCAGUUCGGCGUCGUAACCAACUUCAGUGGGCAAAUGCUCACUUUCGAUGGCCACUGACACGCUGGAGAAGUGUGCUCUUCAUGGAUGAAUCCCGGUUUCAACUGUACCGGGAAGAUGGCGUUGUGUGGGCAAGCAGUUUGCUGAUGUCAACGUUGUGAACAGAGUGCCCCAUGGUGGCAGUGGGGUUAUGGUAUGGGCAGGCAUAAGCUACGUACAACGAACACAAUGGUAUUUUAUAUAUACAGUGGGGGGAAAAAAGUAUUUAGUCAGCCACCAAUUGUGCAAGUUCUCCCACUUAAAAAGAUGAGAGAGGCCUGUCAUUUUCAUCAUAGGUACACGUCAACUAUGACAGACGAAAUGAGAAAAAAAAUCCAGAAAAUCACAUUGUAGGAUUUUUAAUGAAUUUAUUUGCAAAUUAUGGUGGAAAAUAAGUAUUUGGUCAAUAACAAAAGUUUCUAAAUACUUUGUUAUAUACCCUUUGUUGGCAAUGACACAGGUCAAACGUUUUCUGUAAGUCUUCACAAGGUUUUCACACACUGUUGCUGGUAUUUUGGCCCAUUCCUCCAUGCAGAUCUCCUCUAGAGCAGUGAUGUUUUGGGGCUGUCGCUGGGCAACACGGACUUUCAACUCCCUCCAAAGAUUUUCUAUGGGUUUGAGAUCUGGAGACUGGCUAGGCCACUCCAGGACCUUGAAAUGCUUCUUACGAAGCCACUACUUCGUUGCCCGGGCGGUGUGUUUGGGAUCAUUGUCAUGCUGAAAGACCCAGCCACGUUUCAUCUUCAAUGCCCUUGCUGAUGGAAGGAGGUUUUCACUCAAAAUCUCACGAUACAUGGCCCCAUUCAUUCUUUCCUUUACACGGAUCAGUCGUCCUGGUCCCUUUGCAGAAAAACAGCCCCAAAGCAUGAUGUUUCCACCCCCUUGCUUCACAGUAGGUAUGGUGUUCUUUGGACUCCAAACACGACGAGUUGAGUUUUUACCAAAAAGUUAUAUUUUGGUUUCAUCUGACCAUAUGACAUUCUCCCAAUCCUCUUCUGGAUCAUCCAAAUGCACUCUAGCAAACUUCAGACGGGCCUGGACAUGUACUGGCUUAAGCAGGGGGACACGUCUGGCACUGCAGGAUUUGAGUCCCUGGCGGCGUAGUGUGUUACUGAUGGUAGGCUUUGUUACUUUGGUCCCAGCUCUCUGCAGGUCAUUCACUAGGUCCCCCCGUGUGGUUCUGUGAUUUUUGCUCACCGUUCUUGUGAUCAUUUUGACCCCACGGGGUGAGAUCUUGCAUGGAGCCCCAGAUCGAGGGAGAUUAUCAGUGGUCUUGUAUGUCUUCCAUUUCCUAAUAAUUGCUCCCACAGUUGAUUUCUUCAAACCAAGCUGCUUACCUAUUGCAGAUUCAGUCUUCCCAGCCUGGUGCAGGUCUACAAUUGUGUUUCUGGUGUCCUUUAUAAUAAUAAUAAUAAUAUGCCAUUUAGCAGACGCUUUUAUCCAAAGCGACUUACAGUCAUGCGUGCAUACAUUUUUUGUGUAUGGGUGGUCCCGGGGAUCGAACCCACUACCUUGGCGUUACAAGCGCCAUGCUCUACCAGCUGAGCUAGAAAGGACAUGUUCAUGUUCAUCCCUGGCUGCACCGGGGUCCUCCCGGGGUUGCUGAUAUCUGAUUUGUCCACUGCUUGUGGACGCACAUGGCUCCUCUGUUGGUGUCUCACUCUCAGCCUCUACCUCCCCCUCAGCUGCUCCAUCUGUCUCACUUUCCUGCUCUACUAUGCCUUCACUUUGACAGCUCUUUGAACUUGGCCAUAGUGGAGUUUGGAGUGUGACUGUUUGAGGUUGUGGACAGGUGUCUUUUAUACUGAUAACAAGUUCAAACAGGUGCCAUUAAUACAGGUAACGAGUGGAGGACAGAGGAGCCUCUUAAAGAAGAAGUUACAGGUCUGUGAGAGCCAGAAAUCUUGCUUGUUUGUAGGUGACCAAAUACUUAUUUUCCACCAUAAUUUGCAAAUACAUUCAUUAAAAAUCCUACAAUGUGAUUUUCUGGAUUUUUUUCCCUCAAUUUGUCUGUCAUAGUUGACGUGUACCUAUGAUGAAAAUUACAGGCCUCUCUCAUCUUUUUAAGUGGGAGAACUUGCACAAUUGGUGGCUGACUAAAUACUUUUUUCCCCCACUGUAUUUGAUCCCCUGCUGAUUUUGUACGUUUGCCCAUUGACAAAGACAUGAUCAGUCUAUCAUUUUAAUGGUAGGUUUAUUUGCACACAUCUCAGGAGGGAUUUUGUUCCACUCCUCUUUGCAGAUCUUCUCCAAGUCAUUAAGGUUUCGAGGCUGACGUUUGGCAACUCGAACCUUCAGCUCCCUCCACAGAUUUUCUAUGGGAUUAAGGUCUGGAGACUGGCUAGGCCACUACAGGACCUUAAUGUGCUUCUUCUUGAGCCACUCCUUUGUUGCCUUGGCCGUGUGUUUUGGGUCAUUGUCAUGCUGGAAUACCCAUCCACUACCCAUUUUCAAUGCCCUGUGCUGAGGGAAGGAGGUUCUCACCCAAGAUUUGACGGUACAUGGCCCCGUCCAUCGUCCCUUUGAUGCGGUGAAGUUGUCCUGUCCCCUUAGCAGAAAAACAUCCCCAAAGCAUAAUGUUUCCACCUCCAUGUUUGACGGUGGGGAUGGUGUUCUUGGGGUCAUAGGCAGCAUUCCUCCUCCUCCAAACACGGUGAGUUGAGUUGAUGCCAAAGAGCUCGAUUUUGGUCUCAACUGACCACAACACUUUGACCCAGUUCUCCUCUGAAGCAUUCAGAUGUUCAUUGGCAAACUUCAGACGGGCCUGUAUAUGUGCUUUCUUGAGCAGGGGGACCUUGCGGGCGCUGCAGGAUUUCAGUCCUUCACGGCGUAGUGUGUUACCAAUUGUUUUCUUGGUGACUAUGGUCCCAGCUGCCUUGAGAUCAUUGAAAAUAUCCUCCCGUGUAGUUCUGGGCUGAUUCCUCACCGUUCUCAUGAUCAUUGCAACUCCACGAGGUGAGAUCUUGCAUGGAGCCCCAGGCCGAGGGAGAUUGACAGUUCUUCUGUGUUUCUUCCAUUUGCGAAUAAUCGCACCAACUCUUGUCACCUUCUCACCAAGCUGCUUGCCGAUGGUCUUGUAGCCCAUUCCAGCCUUGUGUAGGUCUACAAUCUUGUCCCUGACAUCCUUGGAGAGCUCUUUGGUCUUGGCCAUGGUGGAAAGUUUGGAAUCUGAUUGAUUGAUUGCUUCUGUGGACAGGUGUCUUUUAUACAGGUAACAAACUGAGAUUAGGAGCACUCCCUUUAAGAGUGUGCUGCUAAUCUCAGCUCGUUACCUGUAUAAAAGACACCUGGGAGCCAGAAAUCUUUCUGAUUGAGAGGGGGUCAAAUACUUAUUUCCCUCAUUAAAAUGCAAAUCAAUUUAUAAAAUUUUUGACAUGUGUUUUUCUGGAUUAUUUUGUUGUUAUUCUGUCUCUCACUGUUCAAAUAAACCUACCAUUAAAAUUAUAGACUGAUCAUUUAUUUGUCAGUGGGCAAACGUACAAAAUCAGCAGGGGAUCAAAUACUUUUUUCCCUCACUGUAUAUCUUUUUUUUUUUUGUGUCAUUUAGCAGACGCUCUUAUCCAGAGCGAUUUACAGGAGCAAUUAGGGUUAAGUGCCUUGCUCAAAGUCACAUCAACAGAUUUUUCACCUAGUGGGGAUUAGACCUUUCUGUUACUGGCACAACGCUCUUAACCACUAAGCUACCUGCCGCCCGAUGGCGAUUUGAAUGCACAGAGAUACCGAGACAAGAUCCUGAGGCCCAUUGUCGUGCCAUUCAUCCGCCUCCAUCACCUCAUGUUUCAGAAUGAUAAUACACAGCCCCAUGUCGCAAGGAUCUGUACACAAUUCCUGGAAGCUGAAAAUGUCCCAGUUCUUCCAUGGCCUGCAUACUCACCAUACAUGUAGAUUUGACCUAGAUAGUUUGUGUAUCUAUUGAUAUGUAGGCUACAUGUGCCAUUUUUAAAUGUUUGUAGUUCUGUUCUUGUCUAUUAAUGUUCUGUAUUAUGUCAUGUUUCAUGUUUUGUGUGGACCCCAGGAAGAGUAGCUGCUGCAUUUGCAACAGCUAAUGGGGAUCCUAAUAAAAUAUAAAAUACCAAAUACCAAAUAUAAACUGUAACUCAGUAAAAAAAAUCUUUGAAAUUGUUGUAUGUUGCGUUUAGGUUUUUGUUCAGUGUAAUCAAGUGUUGAAGUUAGGUUUAGGAACGAAGGUUACGGUUCAGGUUAGGUAUAGUUUCAAUGACGCUUAGGAAAGGGUUAGGGAAAUGCAUAAAAAGUUAACAUUGUGUAAGCAUACCACCAUCCGCCACCAUUCUUUUUGUGCUGGUUAAAUAUACUGCCUUUAUGUUUAGUUUCUCAGUCACGCUUUAAUUUCUUCCAUUCUAUUUCUCAGCUGUUUGUGGAGAUUUUGGGGAGUUUCAGGAAGGAUCCACGUGUGUGUGUAUGAUCCUCAUAUAGGGAAAAACAGACUUAUGUAACCAUAAAUGCUAUGAGAUGCUUUCAAGCUUGCUUUGAGUACCAUAGGCUGCUAUUGUAUUGAUCUGAAGCCCUCUUAAGAGUGCGUGGUGAACACAAAGGAUAGAGGGUGACACCUUUCACACCCACAACCUCACACAGUCAACAGCAUGACACUGCAGUAUUAAUACUGCCUAUUCUCUUUCCCUUCAUGCACACUCACACACAGACAUACACACUGAAACACACACACAGGCACACACUCACACCAGUGGAGGCUGAUGAAGCGAGGAUGGCUCAUACAUGUACACAGCGUGAGUUAUCUUCCUUUGUGCUCUACCUCUGGCUGAUCUAAUGGGUCUUCAUUGACAGCAAUGUGGCGUGACUAACACCUUUUUAUUUCAUACACAGUACACACACCACUCUUUCAUUUAACAGCCUCUAUUCAGUGCAGAGAGAGACAUAGAUAAUGGCAUUUUCUACAGAACAGACACAAAUCAUUAUUUUGAGUAACGGGUGUUUUAAUGGCUUUUUAUGAGUUGAAUUGAGUGUUAGAAUAGAAUGGAAUAGAUAAGUACUUUAUUGUCAUUCUGUUUUUAUAAAAUUGUUGGCCUUACCUAGCUGUGUGUUCCUGCAGGGGAGAGGCCACUGAACCUGCGGGUGGCAGGUCAAAGGUCGGAUGGAGACAUACCCCUGGGGAAACAGCUAGCCAAUGAGCUGAAGAGGCAUCACAGCAACGGGGAGGGAAAGACCCCGGUGACGAGUCACCAUUGCAAUGUCGAGGGCAAAACUCUGGCCACAGGUCUGCACCUAGAGAUUCUCUAUUAUAGUUCAUUCACAAUGAAUCAUUUGAUAUGGAAUCAGCUCAAAGAUUCCAUCACAUUUAUCCUUCAUUCUGAAUCAUUUGAUACUGAAUCAACUGGUUGAUUCUCUGUCAUACUUCACUCAUGCUGAGUCAUCUGAUAAAAAUCCAACUCCUCCUAUUUGUUUUCUCUUUCUCAUUCCAGAAAAUGGGAACGGGGCCGACUUCUCCCAAGGGGCUCUCAACCUUUCCGACAAGAAGACCAUCAAAUCAGAGCCAGAGGAUUCCAGAUAGCACCUCCUCCUCCUCCUCCUCCU